AUGGCCCCUUCGCUUGAGCUACUGCUCAAGAUCUCCUAUUAUGUGUACCCGACUCUCGUCUUCGCUUACUACAUCGUCUGUUACGCAUUCGCAACAUGCACUCUCCAGACAACGCCCUCGAAAGAGCAGCACCCUCGCCGCCGUCUCAUGACAACUCUGAUGCUCUUUGCUAUUCUCACUUACUUGUCACAAGCGGUGCUCAUCCUUUUCUCGCCCGGUCCCGUUCGACAGGACGCCAUCGUCGGUCUUCUGGCUUGUGUUUUGGUCUAUGGCCUUGAGUUGGCAAUCUUGCACGACACAAAGUCCCCUCUGUGGUAUAUUUACCUGGGCUCAUACGCCGUCGCACUUAUCUUCGAUCCUCUGCUGGAAAUAUCGUCUCUAUAUCUCAACCCAAGCGCCUACUUGAAAUCCAUCUACUUUGUGGAUGCCUCGCUAGUUGCCACACGACUUGUUUGCAUCAUCACCGCUCUCAUCACCUACUUCGUUUGGAGGGAGGGAGGAAAGGCCCGGGAAUUCGGAAGUGACGCAGAGCGUCAGUCUCUGAUUCGAAAGAAGGCUUUAGGAGACUCACAGGACACUCUUGUCUCAGACUAUGGCGCCACCGACGGCAACUCGGAUGAUUCUGCAAAAUCGUCAGGCAAAGCCCCCGAAUGCGAAUGGGAACGCCGCCAGCGUCUGGCCAAGGAGCAGAGAGAUAAGCGCCUCAAGGAGACAGGGUCCUGGUGGACUUAUGCACUGGGCUUCAAACUUUUCAUCCCUUAUGUCUGGCCCGUCAACAACCGAGGCCUGCAAAUGCGCGCUGCGCUUGUCGGAAUUUGUCUUCUCGCCAACAAUGGACUCAACGUCUUGAUCCCGACCCAGCUCGGCACUGUUAUGGAUACCCUCACAAAGUCAUACCAGGGUGACGAGGCGCCCGCAACUUAUUGGGACAGCCCGUGGGUCCAAGUUCUUAUUUUCGCAGGUCUGAAGUUGAGUGCGUCCGAAGCUGGUAUCAGCCUGCUUCGACGGAGACUAUGGAUGCCUGUCGAAUUCUACGCCGACCGUGCGAUAACUGAGGCCGCGCAUUCUCACGUCAUGAACCUUGAUGCCAACUUCCACGACACACAAAGUCUAUCAGACGUGCUGGUGGCCAUUCAGAACGGCCAAAGCAUAAGCAAUAUGCUGGAGACUAUCUGCUUCGAAGCCCUGCCGAACCUCAUUGACUUGGUCGUUGCUUUCAUCUAUCUUACCUUCAAAUUCGGCCCGUACGAGGGACUCAUCACAAUCAGCACUUCCAUAGUCUUCCUGUACAUUUCGACUACUGUCAUAGCGCGCCUUCGCUCCGCCCGCGAGACCGAGAUCUCGGCUUAUUUCGAGGAACAUUAUGUUCUGCAGUCGGGGAUAUCUGGAUGGACCACUGUCAGCUCGUUCAACCAAGUUCAAUACGAGGAGAAUCGGUAUUCCUCAGCAGUUCAGGACAGGAUCGCCAAGCAGAAGGUUGUUUGGGUUGGCUACUACGCUGCUCACGCCUUCCAAUACCUCGUCCUGCUCGCUGGUCUGCUUGCAGGUCUAUUCCUGGCCGUUUACCAAGUCUCCCACAAGAUCACUACUGCUGGGGACUUUUUGACACUCCUGACCUAUUGGUCUCAAUUGAUGGCCCCUCUCAACUUCUUCGCUGGCCUGGGCCGCAACAUUUCUCGUGAUCUGCUUCAGGCCGAGCGACUGCUCGAUAUAAUGCAAACGAAGUCGAGCGUCGUCAAUAAACCAAACGCGCCCCCCUUCCAAUUUAACGCAGGCGCUGUCGACUUCAAAGGUGUCAAAUUCUCUUACGACAACAAGAAGCAGGUGCUGAAGAAUGUCAACUUCUCCGUGGACCCGGGACAGACCAUCGCCUUCGUGGGACAGACAGGCGCCGGCAAGAGCACCAUUCUAAAAUUACUGGACCGCUUCUACGACGUGACCGAAGGCGCCAUCGAAAUCGAUGGCCAGGACGUUCGUGAGGUUGACCUACACAGUCUUCGAGCCAACAUCGGGGUGGUCCCACAGAAUCCCAGUCUGUUCAAUGACACAGUCAUGAACAAUAUCCGGUACGCGAGGCUCGAAGCAACCGACGAGGAGGUUUUCGAGGCAUGUCGAGCCGCAGCUAUCCAUGAUCAAAUCCUUGGUUUCGCGGAAGGUUACAGCACGCGUGUUGGAGAACGCGGCAUGAAGCUGUCUGGCGGAGAACUCCAGAGAGUGGCAAUCGCCCGGGCGAUUCUCAAACAGCCAAAGAUAGUCUUGCUGGAUGAGGCAACGAGCGCGAUCGAUACUGAGACAGAGUUCCAGAUUCAACAGGCUCUACGCCGUCUUUGCAAGGGCCGCACCACAUUCAUUGUGGCUCACAGGUUGUCCACUAUUGUCAACGCCGAUCGGAUUGUCGUGGUUAUGGGCGGCGAGAUCUUGGAGCAAGGCAAUCACGAGACACUCAUAUCAGCCGGAGGCAAGUAUGCCGAGCUGUGGUCCAAGCAGAUCUUUGUCAAGCCCAAGGAACAAAAUACGGUUGAGGAGGUUGAUAUGAGUGAUGAGGAUAGGCUGAAGACCCCUCAGGCAACAACCAAGUCGAAUGCAAACGGUGACGCUGCAAACGGUGACGCGGCAAAGGGCGAGGGAUCUACCGAAGAUGGCGUGAAGCAAUCUACGGAGGCCAAGACGCCGUCGGGACACAAGAAAGAGGGAUCAAAGCUAAAUCCGGGCGCCCCCGAGUUCACGCCACGCUCUAUGGCUGCUGGACCAUCGGAAGUUCACAGCCCAGUGUCCAGGGCUCAUAUGGGCGGCCUCUCACCAGUGCGAAUUACGGCACCAAAGGCGAUCACUCCGACCAAGGACCGUACCGUCGACGAUCCCAUGUGUUCCCUGUCCCCAGCGCCCAUAGAGAUGACAUCGGCCACGCCAGUCAAGAUUCUGGCUGAGGGUGGCCCUAUUGUCUCACUACCCGGUCUAACCCGCCGCUCCUGGACGCAGAGCACUUCCGAGGGAAGUGUCGACAACGAUUUCACGCCGGCCAAAGACGCGACGAAGCCAGCAGCUAAGCCAGCAGCUGAACAGAAACAGCAAACCCGAAAGGUCAGCUAUAAGAUACCCCGAUAUACUGGUGGUCGUCGGAACCAGUCCCGAAGCGAACCAUUCGACAGCAAUACCAAGCCUUGA